AUGAUUCAAACAAAUUUUUUAGUAGAAAAGAAUGAGAGAUUAUUGUUACCAGAUAAUGUAGUGCCAUCAAAGUAUGUUCUACAUUUCACACCAAACUUUGAAAAUUUCACAUUCAGUGGAACUGCCGAUAUUCAUUUGAAAGUGAACAGACCAACGAAAACCAUUGUAUUGCACUGCAUAGAGGUGAAAGUUCAUUCCGCUCUUUUCGCUGGUUCGAACCACGCCAACAAAAUUGAAUAUUCCGAAGCAGAGGAAGUCGUUGUGCUUCACUUUGAGAAUGAAAUAACCGUUGUAUCUGAUCAUCAAGUACUAUCAAUUACAUUCGAAGGUAUUCACAAUGAUAAACUCGUUGGUUUCUAUAAAUCAUCUUAUAAAGGUGUCAAUGGUGAAGAUCGUCACAUUGUAACAACACAAUUUGAACCAACAGAUGCCAGACGUUGUUUCCCUUGUUUUGAUGAACCAAGUUUAAAAGCUGUUUUCGACAUUUCUCUCACUGUACAAUCGGAACACACUGCACUCUCUAAUAUGUCGGAGAAGGCCAUUCAUAACAAUCAAGAUGGUACGAAAACGGUGCAUUUCAUCGAUACUCCUCUGAUGAGUACCUAUUUGGUUGCUCUGGUCGUUGGAGAUCUAGAGUACAUCGAGGGUCGUUCUAAACAAGGUGUAUUGGUUCGUACUUACAAAGUGAAAGGCAGUCAAGAGUGUGCUCAGUUCGCACAGAAAGUAGCACUCGAUGUCCUAGAGUACUUCACCAAUUACUUUGGAGUGCCUUAUCCACUCUCGAAACUCGACCAAAUUGCAGUGCCAGACUUUGGUUUCGGUGCCAUGGAGAACUGGGGUUUAAUCGUCUAUCGUGAGAAUCUAAUGUUAACCUCCAGCAAAACCAAUACGUAUUGUAAACAACAAAUUAUGUCAAUCAUCGGUCAUGAAAUUGCUCAUCAAUGGUUUGGUAAUUUGGUAACAAUGGAAUGGUGGUCACAACUCUGGUUGAAUGAAGGAUUCGCUUCGUGGUGUGAGUACUUGGUGUCAGAGUAUUUGUAUCCAGAGUGGAACAGGUGGAUGGAAUUCAGUCAGGAUUUCAGAGGUGAAGCAAUGGCUUUGGAUGCUCUCGACAAUUCACAUCCCAUUGAGGUUCCGGUUCGUUCGUCUUCGCAGAUCGACGAGAUAUUCGAUAACAUCAGCUACUGCAAAGGUUCGUGUGUCAUCAAUAUGAUCAACGAUCGUUUGGGUGAUGGAUUCCGUCUUGGUCUCGGUAGAUACAUCAAGAAACACAGCUAUCAGAAUACCAACACCGAAGAUCUCUGGCAAUCCCUCUCCGAAGAGACCGGUAUCAAUGUAAAACAAUGGAUCGAUACAUUCACAAAAGAAUCUGGUUAUCCAAUUAUUUCAUUUAAAUCUACAUCUACACCAGGAGUUUACAAACUUGAACAAAAGAAGUUUAGUUCACCAGGUAAAUCUCAUCAAAACGAUCCAAUUUGGAGUUGUUUCAUUAAAGUUAAAACCGAUAAUGGAUUACAUGAGAUCGUUUUCGAUAAGAAAGAAUCAACAAUAACCAUUCCAAAUUUCAAUCAAAAUGGUUGGAUAAAACCAAACUACGAACAAAAAGGUUAUUAUCGCAUGAAUUUAGAUCAAUCGAUUAUUAAAUCUCUUGAACCAUUGAUUAGAUCACUUGCAUUGCCUGCACCAGAUAGACUUGGUUUGCUUACAGAUUGCUUCUGUCUUAGUAAGUCGCGUGAUGCACCACUCUCUGUAUUCUUGGAGUUACUCACCAACUACACCAAUGACACUGAAGAAGCAAUAUGGUCAUUCAUCAUUCAAAGAUUUGAUUAUCUUUACAACUUGAUGAGUGGAGAUGAUGAUGUUUCUCAAGAAAAAUUAUCUAAAGUAAUUGUUAAACUAGUGAAGCCAGUUGCAAAUAGAUUGGGAUUUGUCAAGAAAGAAGGUGAGCCAUCUGGUGAUACCAACUUGAGAGAUACGGUGUUGACUUACCUUGGACGUCAUGGCGAUGCCGAGACUAUUGAGAAGGCAAGACAGUUGUUCAAGGAGUAUCUAGUGGAUCCUGCAUCGUUGGAUGCCGACGUCUUUAAGUUUGUUGUCAAGACUGUGAUGUUCAACGGCACUGCCGAAGUGCAGAGCCAGUUGAUCGAGGUGUUCAAGCGAUCAAAGGUAUCGGGUGAGCGUGAGAUCAUCAUGCGAUCACUGGGUUCGAUCAACGACGCCACGCUCAUCCGUGUAGCACUCGAAUUCUCGUUGUCAAAGGAUUGUCGUCAACAAGAUACCUAUAUGAUAUGGCGUGGUGUUCCCGUCAAGAGUAUCUCGGUGGUCUGGCAGUACUACUCGCAAAACUUUGAGAGAAUCCACGGUGCCGUCGGAAGCAAUCCACUCUACCACCUCAUUGUAUCGUCGGUAUUCGAAGUCCGAUUCAAAUCAAAGGAGCAACACGAUCAAUACCAAAAGUUCUUUAACGAUCAUCCCAUUCCAAACUGUGAUAGAUCCAUCAAACAAGAUUUAGAAACCGGUUUAGACAAUAUGGAAUACUAUAAAUCAUGUAAAGAUGAUUUAUUAACUUGGAUUAACAAACAACAACAAUAA